AUGCCUAAAGCCGUGAAGGGAGCCCUGCUUCAGUGUGAUCCGCCCCAAAUGGCCAUGGUGCGGAAGAUUGACCGCGAGUCCAACAAUGCCUACAUUAUUGAAGAAAUCGAUGAUCAUACCUGUUUGGUGAAGGAGAACAAGGUCGAGGAAAUUAAGACCAAGGUCAAAGAACUGAUGGACACAGCCAUGGGGAUGGAUGACGAGGACAAUGACGACAAAGACAGUGACCUGGAUUGA